UCCAAUCUCAACAAACACAAGAAAAUAUUUACACACAAAAACAAUUAAAACAUCAAGAAAACUAAAGAAGAAAUGUUGUCGGCUUCAAAGCUUUUGUUCCUCUGUUUCUUAGGUAUUGUUCUGCUCGGAGGAGUAACGCCGAGCCAUGCCGCAGUUCGUCGCUAUAGGUUUGAACUGAGAAACUCUACACACUCUAGGCUUUGCACGAACAAGACCAUGCUAACGAUAAACGGACAGUUCCCGGGGCCAACGAUAUAUGCUAGAAGGGGAGAUUUGGUCAUAGUCGAUCUCAUUAAUAGGGCUGACCAUAAUAUAACCAUUCACUGGCAUGGGGUCAAAAUGCCGAGGUAUCCAUGGUCAGAUGGCCCAGAGUUUGUGACACAAUGCCCUGUUAGCCCUGGCACGAGGUUUAGCCAGCGGAUUGUCUUGUCGGACGAGGAAGGAACUCUGUGGUGGCACGCUCAUAGCGAGUGGUAUCGCAAUUCUGUUUAUGGUGCCCUUGUUAUUUUGCCUCCGAGGAGAGAGAGUUAUCCUUUUCCUAAGCCUCAUCAUGAAGUUCCCAUCUUACUAGGAGACUGGUUUAAUGGCGAUAUUCAGGAAAUUAUGGAGGAGUUCCUCGGUAGUGGAAGCGACCCAGAAGUUUCCAAUUCUUUCCUCAUCAAUGGCCAACCCGGGGACUUGUAUCCGUGCUCAAGACAAGAUACAUUCAGGUUAAAAGUGGAGAGCGGAAAGACCUACCUCCUGCGCAUCGUAAACGCAGUGAUGAACAACAUCAUGUUCUUCAAAAUCGCGAACCACAACGUGACCGUGGUGGGCACUGACGCCGCCUACACGAAGCGCCUGACGAGCGACUACAUCGCGAUAUCCCCCGGCCAGACCAUGGACCUCCUCCUCGUCGCCAACCAGCCCCCGAGCCACUACUACAUGGCCUCAAGAGCCUACGCCAGCGGCGGGGACUUCGACAACACCACCACCACCGCCAUCCUCGAGUACGCCGGCAACUACACCCCUCCCGCCUCCCCGGCCCUCCCCUCCUUCCCGCCGUUCAACAGCACCGCCGCCUCCCACAACUUCACCACCCAAUUAAGAAGCCUAGCAAACAAAAAGUACCCUGUCGACGUCCCCAAGAACAUCUCCGACAUCCUCUUCUUCACCCUCUCCAUCAACCUCCGCCCCUGCGCGAACGACUCCUGCGAGGGGCCGUUCUCGGAGAGGCUGAUGGCGAGCGUCAACAACGUGACCCUCCAGCUGCCGAGGACGGAUUUCCUCCAGGCUUAUUACAGAAGGAUCAAUGGCGUCUACACCACCGAUUUCCCGGACAACCCGGCCUUCCCCUUCAACUACACGCAGCAGACCAUUCCUAGAGAUCUCGCCCGCCCGCAGAAUGGGACCUCCGUCAACAUCCUCGACUUCAACGCGACUGUCGAGCUCGUGUUCCAAGGUACAAAUCUCGUUGGAGGAAUCGAUCACCCCAUGCAUCUGCACGGGUACAGCUUCUACGUAGUUGGAUCCGGGUUCGGGAACUUCAACCGGACCCGGGACCCGCCCAACUAUAAUCUCGUCGACCCGCCGUUGAUGGAGACCAUCGCCGUGCCGAGAAAUGGAUGGACUGCGAUUAGGUUCAAGGCUAAUAAUCCAGGAGUGUGGUUCAUGCACUGCCAUUUCGAGCGUCACGUGAGCUGGGGAAUGGGGAUGGUGUUCAUUGUGAGGGACGGGCCGGGGCGCGACGAGAAGCUGCUGCCGCCACCGCCGGAUAUGCCACGCUGCUAAUCUUGAUCGAGAUUAGAUUAAAGAGUCGAGAUUUAUUUUUAUUUUUAUUUUUACUUUUUUCGGGACGACCUGGAAACACAGUCAGCGAAAUGAGUAGUAAAUAAGAUGAUGUAUUGAUCUAUUGUUUGGGGGUUUUACUAUUUGUUUGUAACUUUUUUUAUUCUUGUAAUGGAAUAAAAGUCUUGAUUUCAUGUUCA